GCCGUGCAUCUUUCCCUAAGUAUCCAAAGUGCUGUUAGGUUUUCCUCCCAAUGUGUUAGAAGAAUGCAAAUGCAUCUACACGGAAGCGUUGCUGGCCCCGCUUGGCUGUGAGCCAGCAACCUCACUGAGCGUUUAAAUAUAUCCACUUUUCCGUCGGCAUCGGACGACGAAGCACGGCCACAGCAUUCUGACAACCAGUCUGUGGUCGUUGGUAGAACAUCAUGAUUUAAGAAAGAAACGGCUAAAUUUUACAUAAUCUAAAGGAAAAUGGCACAUGUGCUGCUCCCUUGCGACCUCCCCUCGUGGCCUGAUGUGCAGCGACAAUUAGCACAACUCAGCGCUUGCACUGAUGGUCACCAAGUGGCCCGAAUCAUGCUUUCUAUAUACGAUCUGUGCUGCGUGUCCCUUGAUCCAGACGAUGCCCAACGAGUUGAUGAGCCCCAUCCCGGGAUGUCAGAUUUCGGCCGUUUUGUGGAGGAAGUGAUGAACGAGGAGGAGCGGAGCCGUUUCCUGACGGAGACCCUUCCCCGAAUGUCAUCGAGGGCUGCAGAACUAAAACGUUUGAAGCCGGUGGGAGGAUUUCUGUACAGUUUGCGCAAGGAAGAGGGUCGUUUCGAGCUGGAGCGCAGUUUAGUAGCAUCUCUGUUGGCAAAUGCUUUCUUCUCGACCUUCCCCAAGAGGAACACCAAGACACAUCCCACAUUGCAGGACUUCAGAAUGGCAGAUUUCUUCACACAUCUGAACAAACGCAGUCAUCAAAAAAAGUUGAAGGCAUUUCUGCGGUACUUCGAGACCUUGGAUGCUACCCCUGGUGGACAUGUAAUAUUCACUCGAAAGGUAGUACAGGGUCCAUCCUUGCCCGGCUGGCUUUGCAGCGAUCGGCCUCUAGUUCCCCUCGUAUUGCGUCCUGAGGGAACUGUCCACCAUGCUGAACCUCAUAUCUAUAGAGCUUGUACCUGCUCUCCAAUCGUUGGGGGAGAUGUCAUUAAAGCCUCUACGUCAAAGGAAGCGCGUCUCUUUUUCUUUUUUCCUGAGCUCCUGGUCAUUUUGAGCUUUGUGGAAGGUUUGGCGGAUGAGGAAGCUCUCAUCGCAGAGAACGCCGCGGGAACACAGGCAGGCCUUUGUUUCCUGGACCCAACAGAUUUCUCGGAGGAUCCGAGCAAACAGUUCGAGGACCGAUUCCUUCUGAGAGAGCUCAACAAGGCUUUGUCUGCGUUCACUUACGACAAAGAAGAGGAAAACUCGAGAAGAGCUUCCCUCGCUACCAAGUCUCAAUCAGUAUCUCGUCGUGGAUCAGAGCAGCCUAGGAGAGGAGAAUUGCGGAAGAAAUUCAGUAGCCAGAAUUCCAGCAAGUUCUCCAUGAAGACGGCCAGUCAAACGUCCGUUGACCCCGCUUCACUCAAAGAGGAAAAUUACUACACUGCAGAUGAGGAUAGCGAUGAAGGUGGUGGUUAUACAGAAGAGACAAGCAUAAGCCGUUCUGCAGAGUCACUGGGCUUUGUACUGGGCGAAGGCAGUGGUGAUGAGGAUUUGCCUCCCCAUGAACGUUUGGAGGACUUCCGAAAACGCAUUCGUAAACGCACCCGUCGCAGGUUGUCCAGGCGGCGUAGUAGCAGCUCCUCAUAUGCAGGCACGAGCAGUGACAUGGAUGACAUUCUAGAGGACCCUGAGCCCAGUUCGCUAGCACCUUGUCUGCGUCCCGCAUCAUCAGAACCUUCUCUAGUCACUCCUCGAGCUUCUCUGUACACGAAAUCUCCCCUUUCCGAAGCAGCCGAGACAGUGCUGGUGAACUUGACCGGAAAAAAGAUGAUGGUGACAUCAAGUAACGGACAUCUGAAGGCCUACUCAUACGAUGGCGUCAAUCCAAACCUCCCUGUGCCUUUCAAAGCCCGCUUCAGAGAAAGGCGGCACAAAUCAGUGGAAGCAUCCAUCUCCAUUGAUCGGACUCCUUCAUCCAUUGAUGAUGAUUCGCCGUCCAUGCAGAAGUCGACGAGUGGUCGAUGGGUAGCCGUGGAAGCGGAUGACGGUGGGAACGGCGAUUUACAGUUAAGAGUGAGCAUUAUGUGGCUGGCAGCCAGCAUGGCCGACCUGCAAACACUCAUACUCUACACCUUGGGCCACGAACAACUCAAUGAGAUAUCUCGGGUGUAUAGCCAAAUUCUUCGCCGUGAGUGGCGAGUGGGUGACCUUUCGUGCGAGGUGCUGCGGUUUUGCCGAAACAGACUAUACCCCAAGCGUCGACCCCCAGUGACACUUUUCUCGCAGAUCAUCGGUCGGCCUCCUGAUACACCAAGUCAAGAUUCAUUGGACUGACUGACUCACUGUAUCUAGUAAAAGAAUAAUAAUGUAUUAUAUUUUGUGA